GCCCAGACAAGGAUGUAUGUGUGGGUUCAGCAGCCCACAGCACUUGUGCUCCUGGGACUCACAUUUGGAGCUGCAGCCAGGCUCAACUGUGUUGAAGAUACCUACCCUAGUGGUCACAGGUGCUGCCAUGAGUGCCAGCCAGGCAAUGGUAUGGUGAGCCGCUGUGAUGACACCAGGGACACUGUAUGCCACCCAUGUGAACCUGGCUUCUACAACGAGGCAGUCAAUUAUGAAAACUGCAAGCAGUGUACACAGUGCAACCAACGAAGUGGGAGUGAGCUCAAGCAGAACUGUACACCUACUCAGGAUACUGUCUGUCAAUGCAGACCAGGCACCCAACCCCGGCAAGACAACAGCCACAAGCUUGGAGUUGACUGUGUUCCCUGCCCUCCUGGCCACUUUUCUCCAGGCAACAACCAGGCCUGUAAGCCCUGGACCAAUUGUACCUUAUCUGGGAAGCAGACCCGGCACCCAGCCAGUGCCAGUUUGGACACAGUCUGUGAAGACAGAAGCCUCCCAGCCACACUGCUUUGGGAGACCCAGGGCCCUACGUUCAGGCAGACCACUGUCCAAUCUACCACACUCUUGCCCAGGACUUCUCAGUCGCCUUCUACACCCACCCUGGUGACUCCUAGGGGCCCUGCAUUUGCUGGUUUCCUAGGCCUAGGCUUGGGCCUAGGCCUGCUGGCUCCCCUGACUAUUCUGCUGGCCUUGUACCUGCUCCGAAGGGCUUGGAGAUUGCCCGAUACUCGCAAACCCUAUUGGGGAAACAGCUUCAGGAUCCCUAUCCAGGAGGAACAGGCUGACACACACUUUACUCUGGCCAAGAUCUGAACAGUACCUCAGGAGUGGGUUUUAUGGAGCAUGGGUAACCCAUGUCCUGGUGCCUGCCAGUACCAUCCACACCGUUCUAGGUGCUGGGCUGGCUCUGGGCUCUCCUAUGUAUGCUAUGCAUACUACCUGCCUGGUGGUACCACCAAUAAACACACUAGCAACUGUGA